UGAUGAGAGAGAACAGAAUAUAAGCACUUCUAAUCUCGCUAAGGCAGUUGUUAGAAAUAACCUCCUUUUGCUAUGUUAGUAUAUCUAGCUAUUGUAGGCCUCCUUUCAGGAGUCAGCACUAGUCCAGCAUGCUUCGACAGAGUAGACCCACGCACUGGUGCUACGGAUUGUCACAAUUUGGCAGCUUAUUGCACACACCCAGAUUAUCAGCAGGUGAUGUGGGAGCAGUGUCCUUUAACAUGUGGAAGAUGUCCUGGCGCUUUACCAGACCCUGGAAAAUGUUUUGACCGAGUAGACCCACGCACUGGUGCUUCGGACUGUCCAAGUAAGGCAACACUUUGCACGAACCCAGCUUACCAGCAGAUCAUGUGGGAGCAAUGUCCGUUAACGUGCAACAAAUGUCCUGGCAUACUACCAAACCACUAAUUUCAGUGAACCAUAGCAU